GGGAGGGGCUAUUUAAAGGCCGGGAAGGAGCAGGGGGAGCGAGGCUGACCAUGGCCAUGACUGAGCUGAGCUGCCAGGUGUCGGAGCAGGACUGCGAGCGCCGAGAGGCCUUCUGGGCCGAAUGGAAGGACCUGAGCCUGUCCACGCGGCCCGAGGAAGGGUGCUCCCUGCAUGAGGAGGAUGCCCAGCGGCACGAGACCUACCACCGGCAGGGCCAGUGCCAGGCGCUGGUGCAGCGGUCCCCCUGGCUGGUGAUGCGCCUGGGCGUCCUGGGCCAGGGGCUGCAGGAGUACCUGCUGCCGUACCAGCGCUCGCUGCCGCUGCCCAUCUUCACCCCCACCAAGGUGGGCGCCGCCAAGGAGGAGCGGGAGGACACGCCCGUCCAGCUGCGCGAGCUGCUGGCCCUGGAGACCGCCCUGAGCGGCCAGUGCGCGGAGCGGCAGGACGUGGCGGAGAUCACCAAGCAGCUGCCCCCCGUGGUGCCCGUCAGCAAGCCGGGCCCCCUGCGCCGCUCUCUGUCCCGCUCCAUGUCCCAGGACGCCCAGAGAGGCUGAGAGCUGCCCUGUCCCCGCUUCGCUGGGCUGGGCCCUCCCUGGCUAGGACCACGGAGGGGAGCCGCUGGCCUCGGAUGCUUUGUAGUUUGCCCGGAGUUGGGGGCUAGGAGAGGAGGGAGCCGGAGGCCGGGAUGCCUGCGUUCCCAAAGGGAGGGGAGCAAAGACGGUGGGCACGGAGGGUGGGGAGCUAGGGCCAGCACAGCUGAGCAGCCCAGCCCAGGAGGAGGGAAAGAGGCGCCUGAGAGGGGUGACCCAGCUUCAGAGAAGGCCGAGGGGGAGGGGAAGGAGGUGGGAGUGCUCUGGGGAAGGCUUGGAGAAGAGCAGAGGGAGGAGGAGGUGACGAGGGCAGAGGCAGGGAGAGCCCCCAGCACCCUCUGUUAGCGCUGCAAUAAAUGCUCAGUCGUG